UCGGUUGUUGCUCUUUCUUCAGAUUGGAUUGUUUCUUUGUGUGUAAAAUUUUUGGUGGUCGCGAAACGUAAAUAUUAUCUUUUUUGUGAGUACGGUUUGUCAUAGCAUUCGACAAUACUAUCCACAACAUUACAAACAUAGUAGUCUUUCACUGCAGUUGUGUCACACGUAAAUGCCUUUGGAAGAAGUGAAAAAGUAAAAAAAAGUGCGUGAAAACGCCAUUUGUUGUGCUGAAUAUUGUGGAUUCGUUAGCGGAAGUGGGGACUGCUGGUUAUUAUCAUGACGAUCAAACCAGUGGUGAACCAAAAAAAUUCGAAAGAAGAUAGUCAGGAGGGUUCUUCACAAAAUCUCGUAAACAAUGGAACAGUUGUUCGUAACCCACACAGGAAUGUUGUUCUGAAUCAGCUGUCGACGUCAGAUAGUCAACAACUUCCGAGAGAAAAACGGGUUCAUACUCCACAUAGCUUUGACACCGAAAGUGUUCGCCAUAGGAGGAGCCCACACAAAAACCUUGGCCGUGUAAAACGCGAACAUCAUCACAAAAGAGACAACCGUGAGCGCGACAAAAAUGCGUCACCCAACUAUCAAGCCGUUUUGCCUUCUGUGAGCACCAAAAAACAAUCGACAUCUACAUGCCCCAGCCCAUUAGCAAGCGCUGGAGGGCGAUCACCCAAAAGCACCGUUUCCUCGGGAACCAAUGUAAAUGUAACUACUACCAGUAGCAGUAAAAAUUCGAUCAAUCUUACGGCGGCAAUCGAAGAAGCUCUUUCCGGUUACAACAGUGGCGAUGAACAUGUCGGACAAAAAGACGCACAACUUAGUCCGGAUGAAUGGAAAAAACGAGACGAAGCCUUUGGAAAAGUCAUGUCAGAACGAGGUUUUAUCAUCAAGGAUAUGGUAGAAGAUGGUGCCUGUCUGUUCCGAGCCAUAUCACUCCAAAUCUAUGGUGAUCAAGAUAUGCACGAGGUCAUCAGGCAACAGACGAUGGAUUAUAUUUACCAAAAUCGUGAAUAUUUUGCACAAUUUGUAACAGAGGAUAUUGACAGUUACAUUUCCCGGAAAAGAGCAAAUCAUGUUCAUGGUAACCAUAUAGAAAUUCAAGCAAUGUCGGAAAUGUACAACCGCUCAGUAGAGUUGUAUUGCUAUCAAUUAGAACCAAUUAAUAUCUUCAAUUCCGAUCAAAUUAAUAACGGAAAUGAACCUUUGCGGUUAUCAUAUCAACGUUGCUCACAUUACAACGCCAUUAUGGAUCCAUACAAAGCCUCAGUUGGUGUUGGUUUGGGUUUAGCUGGAUAUAGACCUGACGAACUGGACAUUAAGCAAGUGGCAGAUGCGGUACGAAUGAGCGAAGAACUAGAAAUCGAGCAAACCAUGUUUGAAGAUAAAUUAAAAACCACAGAUUGGGAAGCCACAAAUGAAGCAAUUGAAGAACAGAUAGCAAGAGAAUCUUAUCUACAAUGGUGCCGUGACAAUAUGCGCAAUAAUCCAGGAAAAACCGGUAAAAGCACCAGCACUAUAACAUCGAGUGAAGUCGCUGGGACAGGCUGUUGUAGCACAUCAGUUAGUCCCGAGAAAUCACCCAAGCAAAACUUAGAAACUUCAACAUCGUACUCGGAGUCACUUUUGCGAGACUUACGCAAAUCCACGUCUCCUUCACCUUCAAACCUUUCUCUCAGCCAAGGAAGCUGUUCAUCUAGUUCAAAAAACAGUUCGUUUGAACUGGAAUGUACCCUCCCCGAGACCUCUUGUUCUGUUCCGUACUAUUUCAACACGAGUAAUAGACGGAAGAAAAGGAAUCUAAAUUCUCCAGUGGAUAACCCCAGCACUGAAAUAUUGUCUAAAAGAGUGAAGCUAAUCACCAAUCGAACAAACGAAAUUGAAACAGAUAUUGGUGCAAGCACGUCCGGUACGACAAACAACGAAAAUAGACCCCGAAGUGAACCGGUUUCAGAGUUUUACCAAUCGUUACUGGAAUCUUCUUACACUGAUGAUGGUAGUUUUGCCCAAUUGAGUGAAAGAGAAAUGAUUCAAAAAGCACUAGCUGAGUCAGCAAUGGAUUUCGUGAAACGAAGUGAUCGAACUAAAGGUUCACAGGACGACAAAUAUGGAACCACUGAUGAGGAGUAUGAUUCGCCUUCGCCUUGAUUUAGUCAACUAACAAGUGAAUUAGGCAGGCACAUCAGGAAUUUUUCUAUUAUCGGAAAAAUUAUCUUCAUUCGUAUAAGUAAAGGGACAAAGCGGAAAUUUGCUGGUGUUUGUGCUCGCCAUUAACGUUAUUGUAUAUAGAAUUUUGUACCAAGCGGCGACACCAACUCUACGUUUAAGUCCAGACAAUUUUUGCUCUGUCUCUAAAUUCAAGUUGAAGUAGCGAUAUAGUUACUUUUAUCGAGUUCAAACCGAAUUCACACUGGUUACUGGUAAGGGUUUCUUCGAUCUAUAUUUAUACUGUCUCUAUCAUCAGAAGAAAAAAAUGUUUUUGUUGUACCAAAACCGCAAUCGCAAAAGGAAAUAUUAGAAAUUUAUUUUAGCUUGUUUACUAUUGAAUUACACUUUAAAAUUCAAGCCAGAACUAUGCCGACAUUUGUUUCUUUACAAUAAGUGAUUUCUUGAACUAUUGAUAUAUAACUACUAUAAAUUAAAAUCUAUACAUUAGUAAGUGUAGACGCUCUUCCAUAGAGCGUGACAUAUAUGUUUGGAUUGCAAAUACCACAAUAAUAAAUGUGAAAUUACGA